GUCGUUCGAGAUGGCCAGACGACCGCAGGCGACUUAAAUCUCUACUGGCGGCUUGUUCUGUUCUUGGCCGCACCUGAACUGUUAGAAAAGAAAGUAAAAAAAGACAACUAUAAAUGAACGUGGUGUGAACUGUUAAAAAAUAAAGAGCGUUGUUAAUAAUUUACUAGCUAGGGUGUAAAGGACAUUUUUAUUUUUUUUCGCUUUAUUCAAUUUUAACCUGCAAAUGAGUGCAAAUCGUCCGAGGAUAUUUAAUUACAAAUUUAUUAAAGAAAAUCAUCUUAGGUUUAGAAUUGUGCGUUCCUGAUAUUUUCAUAUCAGCUGUUAUAUUAAUGGAUGGUUUUGUUGGUGUUCAUUUAGGUGCUGGUCUUCAUAGUGAGAAACUUAGACCAAAGUACAAAAGGCUAGUUUAUGGAGCUUGUCAAAAGGCAGCUGCAAUUCUUAAGAAUGGAGGAUCUGCUUUGGAUGCAUGUGCUCAAGCAACUGCUCACCUCGAAGAUUCCCCUCUUACCAAUGCAGGUUAUGGUUCUAAUCUCACAUGGGGAGGCAGUGUGGAAUGUGAUGCAAGUGUGAUGGACGGCUGUACUCUUCAUUAUGGUGCUGUGGGUGGUGUAUCAGGAGUGAAGAAUCCAAUUUUGCUGGCAAAACUUUUGUGCGAGCACCAGAGACAAGGACUUCCAUUUGGAAGAGUUCCGCCAAGUUUUCUUGUUGGUGAAGGAGCACGAAUACAUGCCCUUAAAUAUGGACUUACCACAGUACCACCAACAGAACUUAUAUCUGCGGAAUCAUGGAAACUGCACCAACAUUACCGCAAGAAAUUAAGAAAAUAUGAAGAGGAACAGUCACAAGUAGCUAGCAGUCGCCUUGAUACAGUGGGUGCAGUUUGCAUGGAUUCAUUGGGCCAUGUGGCAGCUACCUGCUCCAGUGGAGGGAUUGCUUUAAAGACUGUUGGUCGCGUUGGCCAGGCUGCAGUGUAUGCAAGCGGAGUAUGGGCACAGAAUGCUGUUGGUGAUGUUCCUGCUGUAGCUUCCUGCACAUCUGGCUGUGGAGAAUAUCUUGUGCGCACUAUGUUGGCACGAGAAGGAGCCCUCAGUGUCUUAAAUGAUAAUAGAACGGAAGUUAGCCUUCAUGACUGUAUGAGAACAAAGUUUCUGGAGUCACCUUUUCUGCACGAUGUUGAUGAAAAAAUGGGUGGCAUGUGUGUUUUGAAAUAUAACCCAUCACAAGAUAUUGGAGAAUUUUUAUGGUCUCAUUCAACUACUACCAUGUGUGUGGGAUAUAUGACUUCAGCAGACACAAAACCAGUG